CUUAUAUCUAGGGGCUGGCAGUAUGCAGAGUGGCAGAGCGCUUAGAGUGCUUAUUUAACAUGUGCAAAGCACUGGAUUCCGUCCUCAGCACGGGAAAAAAACAACAAAACACCAUCAUCACAUAUUUAACACUCUUGGGAUGUGGUAAUGCCUGCAAGACUUCUCAGAGCCCUGGCCAGAUACCACAGUAUAUUAUCAAAAGUACAUCAGAGCCGAAGACCUGUUCAUCUCACAUUAAAACCACUCAAGGAAUUUGAGGAUACAACAUGCAGCAACACCCUGAAAAUACAUCAAAACUUGGAUUCAUUCUUUCCUGCUGCAGCAGCUGGUGGUUUGAAUAAGCCUCAGUUCCUGGAAAUGAACUGGAAAAUACCAGAUACAGCAAAACUCUCUCCAUUAAAUACUGUACACGGCCAGGAUGAGAGAGCUUAUCUUCCAUCCUUGAAAUCGUUUCCUGCUCACAGGAAGGUGACCCACAAACCAAAUCUAUUGGGUUCUAAGUGGUUUAUAAAAAUAUUAAAGAGGCAUUGUUCAUCUGUGUCAACUGAAACAGUUGUUCCAAAACAAGACUUUCCACAGAUCAAGAGACCACUGAAAGCAUCCAGGACCAGGCAGCCGUCCAGGACCAACCUUCCGGAUCUCUCUGUGAGCGAGAACCUGAUGCACUGCACAGCAUUUGCCACAGCAGACGAGUACCAUCUGGGAAAUCUGUCUCAGGAUCUGACCGCCCGUGGAUACAUUGAAGUAACAAGCUUGCCUAGAGAUGCAGCAAAUAUUUUGGUAAUGGGUGUGGAAAAUUCUGCAAAAGAAGGUGAUCCUGGAACAAUAUUCUUCUUCAGGGAAGGAGCUGCUGUGUUUUGGAAUGUAAAAGACAAAACUAUGAAGCAUGUAAUGCAAGUUCUAGAGAAACAUGAAAUUCAGCCUUAUGAGAUUGCAUUGGUACAUUGGGAAAAUGAAGAGCUUAACUACAUAAAAAUAGAGGGCCAGUCUAAACUUCACAGAGGGGAAAUCAAUUUAAAUUCGGAGCUGGAUCUAGAUGAUGCCAUUCUAGAGAAAUUUGCUUUCUCCAAUGCUCUUUGUCUUUCAGUGAAAUUGGCUAUUUGGGAAGUGACACUGGAUAAAUUUAUUGAGUCUAUUCAAUCUAUUCCAGAGGCUUUAAAAGCUGGGAAGAAAGUGAAACUGUCUCAUAAAGAAGUUAUGCAGAAAAUGGGUGAGCUCUUUGCCCUAAGGCACCGUAUAAACUUGAGUUCAGACUUCUUGAUCACUCCUGAUUUCUACUGGGACAGAGAAAACCUGGAAGAACUUUAUGAUAAAACUUGUCAGUUUCUAAGUAUUACUCGAAGAGUUAAGGUCAUGAAUGAAAAACUUCAGCACUGCAUGGAACUAACAGAUCUAAUGCGGAAUCAUCUGAAUGAGAAGAGGGCACUGCGCUUGGAGUGGAUGAUCGUCAUCCUCAUCACCAUUGAGGUAAUGUUUGAGCUGGGACGAGUAUUUUUCUGAUCCUGUGAUAACCAAAGCCACUGCAAGAGAUAUUCAAGUUCUACAAUCAAAAAUGAAUGUUCACUAUUGGGUGAUCUCUUACUUAAUAGGUAUUUAAUUAUUUCAAAUCAAGAAAUGGUUACAAUGGUUGUCUUCAGCUCCUAAAUAUAUUAUUGUUUGAAUAAAAAUCAGGAAGAGUACAGUGUUUGAGUCUG